ACUCCCACAGUACACAUACUUCCAAAUAAUUUUUAAGUGAAAAUCAUGUCCAAUUUAAAUAUCAAAACUUAUACAAACAUCACUAUUAUUUUGAUACUGGCUGUAAACAUGACAUUUAAAAUUGAUACUUAUUUUAAAUUGUGAAGGGAGUCAUCUUAAGCUUAUAAAUUAAGUAAAUGUCUACAAUUUUAAAAGAUGGCACAAGAGGACGAUGAAGAAGAUCUAGCAUUUAAUGUUGAGGAAGUGCAGAAGAUUGUUAGAGAUAACAUUGAAUUCUGCUUGGGCGGAAAUGUCUACAGUCAUUCACGUUGUCCACAAUGGUUUACUAUUAUAACGGAAAAAACUCUGUCCAGAUUAAAUAAGCUAAACAAGCCUUUUAAAUACAUACUCAGAAUGACAAUAACCCAAAAAAAUGGCUCUGGACUACACACUGCAGCCGCUUACUUUUGGGAUAUAGCGACGGAUGGGACUUGUACAGUGCGCUGGGAAAACAAAUAUAUGUAUUGUAUCGUUAAUGUAUGGGGCCUGGCGCUUCAACUUUAAAUAAUAAAAAUGUCCCAAAAUAACUGUCUUUAAUUAAUAACUAACAAAAAAAUGCAUUUUAACAGUAAAUUCUUCAUCUUUCAUUAUAAACGACUUCAUAUAAGUCCUUAGAUAAGUUAGUAAAAAAUAUAUAUAUAUUUAUUCAAAUACGUUAAUAAAAUUAUUUGGGAGCAACAAUGUAAUUGUUUGAUAAAUACUAUGGUCAGAAAAAUAAAACGAUAAAAUAAAGCACA